UAAACUUUAGAACCAAAAAAAUAAAUAGAGAAACGAAUUGUUUGUUUUGGCUCCAAGUAACCAUCUUUUUUCUGAGAAAUGCAAAAUCCAGACCAAACUAAAAAUUCAUUUUUAAACUAAAAAUUCACACUAAAUGCAUUCUUAGAAUUCCUUUUUUCUUUUCCCUUUUCCGCCGGAUUAUUAAAAAUCAAAUCUUGAUUUAUUGUUCAAACAAUAUUAAUAAUGGAAGCAAAUAAUGCCAGAGUUCAAUCAUUUGGCCACACAGAGAUUAAUUGGGACAAGCUCGACAAGACUAAAUUUUAUGUGGCAGGAGCGGGGAUCUUUACGGGGAUUACAGUGGCCUUGUAUCCGGUUUCUGUUGUGAAAACAAGGCUUCAGGUCGCUACAAAGGAUAGUGUUGAGAAGAGUGCAUAUUCUGUUGUUAAGGGCCUAUUGAAAACCGAUGGAAUUCCUGGUCUGUAUAAAGGGUUUGGUACAGUCAUCACUGGUGCAAUUCCUGCCAGGAUUAUUUUUCUUACUGCUUUGGAGACUACAAAAGUUGCAGCUUUUAAGAUGGUUGAACCCUUUAAAUUGUCGGAAGCACCUCAAGCUGCUGUAGCUAAUGGUAUUGCUGGCAUGACAGCUUCGCUUUUUUCUCAAGCUGUAUUUGUUCCGAUUGAUGUGGUUAGCCAAAAGUUAAUGGUACAAGGAUAUUCUGGUCAUGCCAAAUAUAAUGGGGGUCUUGAUGUUGCUCGUAACAUUAUAAAGACUGAUGGUUUCAGGGGUUUUUAUAGGGGAUUUGGCCUGUCUGUUAUGACUUAUUCCCCGUCUAGUGCUGUAUGGUGGGCUAGUUACGGUUCAAGCCAGCGUGUCAUCUGGAGGCUCUUAGGCUACGGUACUGAUGCAGACAUUGCCGCACCUAGCCAUUCGAAGUUAAUGUUAGUUCAGGCUAGUGGCGGAAUUAUUGCUGGAGCAACAGCAUCCUGCAUUACAACCCCAUUGGAUACUAUCAAGACUCGCUUGCAGGUCAUGGGACUAGGAAGGAGAAGCUCUGCAAGACAAGUUGUUAAAAACUUGAUCAAGGAUGAUGGUUGGACAGGUUUAUAUAGAGGGUUUGGUCCAAGAUUUUUCAGCAUGUCAGCUUGGGGAACCUCAAUGAUAAUAGCCUAUGAAUAUUUGAAGCGAUUGUGUGCAAAAGACGAAUAAUUGUGAUUCUGUUAUUACUUAUUACUACUACUACACCCAAGCUGCUAAGUUCAACCUAUCCUAGAAGAUGGCUGCAUCUGAACAGAUGCACUCCAAAAUUUUUUCCUGUAUUUUGUCACUGAAUUAGAUUUGCAGAUAUUGAAGGUUGACGCAAUUAGCUGAGGAACCAAUUAAACAGUUAUAGAUUUGGAUCAGUCCAACAGAUUUUUGAUGAGCCUUUUUGACAUGGCUAAUAUUCUUUCAAGAAUAGACAUCUUUUUGUUCUCUUUUAGGGUAAACAUCAAUGACACAAUUAGAGGCUGUGUUCGUUUUCAUUCGGCAUAGCAAUAUACUCUUGUAGUAUUGAAUCUUGGCUUGGUAGAAAUGUAUUUUUCUAUUUCAAAUAUUUUCCUGUAUUUUUAUCCAUAUUUGGGUAUCAAUCAUUUUGCAGAAAUAAAUAAUACUUUAUGUUUACGAAUUACAA